AACAACCAUGGAUCUGGGACAAUGAGCGCAAGCAGCAGGGGGACGGACGGCCGGAGCGAUCUCUGGUCGGUGACGUGACGUUACGCGAUGCUCUAAAUAAGGAAACGGAGGGAGAUUUCUCGUGUCUAGUGGUGCAGUAUAUAUACCAGUCUUCCUUUCUCUGUUCUGCCAAUGAGAGAAUGGCCUGUGGUAGCCAAGAUAAGCCCCCGUUCGAUCAGCUCGUAGCAUCCUUGUCGCCCAUGCUGUUGGGACAACGGGUGGGCACGCGUGCGGGUGAAGGCCAGAAGUUUAUCUUCGACCCGGCGAGCAAGAAGUUUCGCUCUCUCCUGAAGGCCGCGCUUCAGUGCGAGCUGGCCAAGUUCGGAGAAUGCCUCGGAUUGUCUUCUGCGAGAGUCGAAGACCUAAUGUCGGCGGCGGAGGGAGACCGGGAGAAGCAGAUCGACUACGUUCUGUUGGCCUGGGUGGAGCUGCGCGGGGAGGGAGCCACGCUUGAUGGGGCGUUGAGGGCUCUUUACGCCGCCGAUGACACGCAGUCGCUGGAGAUCAUGGCCAGGGAGUUGAACGAUUCAGGAGCAACUCUGCAGAGAGAUGUGAUGAUCCCAAAGAAGCCUAGCUAUGCUGAUUCUGUCGUAGUUCCCUCACCACCUACACAGACACACUUUCUAACAGAAAAGGGGGAGAUGAAGCUAUCAGAGACCUUUGCCGGGAUGACUGUGGUACCCACAACUAGCACCAAGCGACUAAUGAGCGAGUCAGAUGUUGGGAACGCCAGUCGAACUACCACCCGCAGUAUCCCUACAAGCUCCCCUGGAGGAGUCGGCCACACUGGCAAAGAAGAUGGUCCAUCCAUUGGAGCCCGCAUCGGCCAAGGCCGAGGGGGACACCAAGUCUGCAGAGGCUCAGGUGCACAUGGAAGAGUCGUCGUGGUUGGGAGACGCAGUCGAAACUACCACCACUGCAAUCAGUUCAUUUGCCCGCUCCUCAGAUGGUGACGGCAGUGAAAGCUUUUGAUGAGGGGCACAGAGCACAUGAAAUGGUUAGCGGGGAACGGAAGAUGGAAAGAAUGCAGUCACAUCUUGAGGAGCUGUGGGAGAACAUGAAGAGGAUAGAGUCUGGUCUAGAUGAAGUGAAGUCUACCCAUCGAAGAGAUAGCUUGUACAGUAAACAGAAAACUGAUGAGCUGGAUGCAAAGAUGAAACAGCUUGAAGAGGAUAACGCACAACUGAAAUCAACUGUCGGUGCUCUCAAGAAAGAGCUGGAGGACACGAAACAAAAGCUGAAGGAGGCGCUGGAUGAAGCGGCGAUGCUGCGAGAGGACAACUCUAAUCUGGCUAACCAGAUGAGCGAGGAGAGGGCCGAGCUGCGAGAGAGCCUGGAGGAGCAGACGUCGCAGUGGAGGACUCGUCAGGAGCAGUAUGAGAGAGAGCUGAGGGAAGUGAGGGCUGACUUGGCUACCGUGAGGAAGGGAAUCCAGGACUACAGGGAGAUGAACACGACUGAUAGUCCUGGUGGAACUACAUCACAUUCCCAAGGAAGUGAGACUGGAGAGUGGAUCUGGAAGCAGAAGCUGGGCUCUGGAGGAUUUGGAGAAGUGUUUGCAGCUGAAAGGAGAGGGUGCCCUGACCGCUUUGCCGCCAAACGGAUCACCAUGAGGGACUCUGACCUCAUUGACAAACAGGAACAGAUUGUGAGUGCUUUCUUCAAGGAGAUGAAGGCACUGCAAGAGUGCAGGCAUCCUCGAGUUGUGCGGUACAUUGACAGGGCAUUUGAGACAGUCAAAUCUGGCGUCCACUUCUACCUCAUCAUGGAGUACAUGUCAGAGGGGUCACUGUCUGAUGUCAUCAAGAGAGACGGGAAGCUGGACGAGCUGAAGGCCAAGCGGUUCACUGGCCAGCUACUGGACGGCCUCCUCUACCUCCACCAGAGAAACAUCAUCCACCGCGACAUCAAGUGUAGCAAUAUACUGCUGGACGGGAGUGGGGACAUCAAACUCGCUGAUUUUGGCUGCGUCAAAUUCAAGAAAAGCAAGGUUGAUAGUGGAGCUAAAAUGACAGGGACUGCCUGGUGGAUGGCCCCUGAGCUGAUCCCCAAAGACAACCAGAGUCCCACACCCUCAGAGAAAUCUGAUGUCUGGUACGUAGGUAUAUCUCUACAAGUAGAAAAAUCAUUUCUUCAAAAUGAAGGAGGAUAUAGGUUUUGAGCCAUCCCUAUAUCCCCCUUCAUCUUGAAGAAAUGAUUUUUCCACUUGUUUACUAGCUAUAUAUUUUUUCGCCAUUUACUUAUUAUGGUCACUCUGUGAUGUGCAUGGGGUUGACAAUGAACUGAUUCGGCCACUUGCUUUCCCGCUGUACAAAAUUCCCUUCCCUUCAAUUUCAACAACAGGAGCCUCAAACCAUGAAAUUCUCAUUUGAAAAUUGCGCAAGAUAAUACUGUGGUGUCUAUACAUUUCACCGCACAGGAGUGUGGGGGCAACAGUGUUGAGAUGCUGACUGGGAAGAGGCCAUUUGCUGAACAUACUGAGAAGAUGGCGGUCAUAUUUGGACUGGGGCAGCAAUCGCUGUCCCUCGAGAAGCUCAUCCAUGGACCAGGCUUCUCAGAUGAGGUCCAGAUGUUUCUCAAACUCUGCAUCAAUUGGGAGCCAUCACAGAGAGCUACAGUUGCAGAGUUGCUGAAUACACCAUUUGUGCUCACCUGAAACACACACACACACACACUUUUGUUUUUUCGAACACCAUUCUCUCUUUUAUGUGUGUGCAGUGGUAUAACAAGUGUUCAUGUGCCUGCGCGGUC